UUGUCACCGUUUAGUUGGUGUUUACUGUUGCACGGGUAUAUAGUACUUGUAUAGAUGUGUAUUUUCUAAUGGAGUACUCUCAUUUAACAAGCUCUGAUAGCUAUUUUGGACAAACCUAAUGCGUGUAUAUAUUUGUGUGGUCGUGCACAGAGGUGUUCCCUAAUUUGGAAGAAAUGAUAUUCGAUGUUUAAGGAUUAAAUCGUUUAGUGAGAGAAAACCCUGUCAGUGUUUGAGAUGAUGUCCAUGACGAUGAUGAUAACGACGACUAGGAGAUGACAUGAUGACGUGCUAGAUGUUUCCUCCCAGAGCACAACAGAAUUUGUCGAGGAACCAGCCCAGAACAGCUUCAUCGAAACCCACUAAAAAUCUGAGCAAGCCAAGAUGUGAGGCAUGGGUUCCACUGAAUGGCUGGGAGCAGAGUGAUGAUGAAGAGAGCGACAUAUUUUACUUAGCCAUCGACGCCUGGGCUAAACGAAACUUGAAGAUAAAAGCAGAUGCUCCAAAGGGGGUUCCUUCGUCAAAGAUAUGGGAGCCUUUCCUCUGCACCACUGAUCAACAAUGCUCGGGUAUUCUGGAUUUUGAGGCCUUCGUCAACGUCAGCUUGGGCUUGCACGAAGACAUUGAGGUGGAGAAGGAAGACUGUCUGCAAGAUGAAAAGACAUACGUCAGUAAAGACGAAAAGACAAACGUCAAUAAAGACGAAAAGACAAACGUCAGUAAAGAUGAAAAGACAAACGUCAGUAAAGAUAAAAAGACAAACGUCAGUAAAGAUGAAAAGACAAACGUCAGUAAAGACCUUACCAACGGCUCUAGUCAAACGAGCAAAGCAGACGAAAACAAGGACGCAAGGAUUGGGAAUAAGAUAGAUCGAGUUAAAAUCCAGGCGGAACAACCAAAAGAAAAUUGCCAAUCGAAUAAAAAAGGAGGGGACCACGUGGACCAGAAGGGAAAUUACAAUUCGGACAAGAAUGGAAGGGACCAUUUGGACAAGAAGGUUAUGUUUUACAAGAAGAAGAAUGACAACUCGGACAAGAAGGAGGGUGUCCACUUGAACACACCUACACUAAUUUUACCAGAUGACGAUGAGGUACAACAGAAGGAUAACGGGUGUUCAGGAAACCGUUAUAUAGUCACGCAUGGACCUAGGGCUGUUGAAAGUGUGGAUGGUGAUGCGAUCAAUAGUGAGGACAUUCUUGAUGGGAAUGCCCGAAACGGUACAGCUCACAGCGCCCCUGUGGCUCGAAUGCAUCAGCGAGAGCCGUUGAAGAAACGGGUCGGGUCGGCAAAGACCAAAUCUGCAGAGGACAGGCUUCUAAGGGCAGCUCUCAAGAACGCCACAAAGCCCAAAGUGAACUCAAAGAAAGUGCCACUCCCAGCUAACCCUGUAAAGAUAUCGUACGCGCAUUCUGGAAACCCUCAUGCAGGUAUCUUUGCUUGCGAACCUCCUAUGGGUGAGACAUUGGACAGUGCAGAGACAGGAGACUCUGAGAGAACUCCCAGCGAAUCGACCACAAGUGAAACGGUGAAGAUGACUUCUGUAGAUCAUCGGUUGUUGAUCGAGGAGGCCAUCAAAGAGUCGAAGAAAAUGGAGUACAUGUCAAAAACUGCUAUCGUUAGUAUUGGUGACCUCUUGUCGACUGCACCCCGUCUCGAAAGGCGGCAGGGGCAACACAGCAACGGUCGCGAGUCCAUGUAUGCUGCCAUAGCGAACGAAGACGACGAUACCUGCUCCAGAGAGUCCUUUGGGACCUGGUCCUCAUUUCCUAGACAGUCUGAGCACAUCAGAUCUCCCUCAUCCUCAAGUCUUCCACCAGUCCCAGUGACGAACAGGAACCCUUCCCCGGCUAGAGAUGUCCACUCUUCCAACUCAGAGGGGCGAAAGUCUGGUCCCAGACAGGCAGUCAACCUCAACUCCGCCAAAAUUCCUGUUUUAAGCUACCGAAAAGGGGCACGGAGGGAUUCCGAAGAGAAUGGUGAGGGGGUAGACACCAAACAAGAUAAAACAACAGACUUGGAUGAUAUGCGUCACAUCAAGUAUACCGAGCGCAUAAUGAGUGCGUUACAAGAAACUACUGUGGAAUUGGACAAAGGAUAUACAAAUAGGCUUCUCAAGUCUGCACUCGCACGGGGACAGUCUCGGGUACACUCCGCUGGCUAUGUCCGUCAGGUUCCGCAGAUAAACGAUUCAACAACUCACCCAGCAGCAAAAUCAGGCGGGAAAAGGGACCACCAAACAGCAAAGCGAGGUCCACCAGCUUUUCGUCCACAGAGUUUUAAAACUCCUCUCCAACGAGCGGUGGAAAACGCACAUAAGAAGAUGUACGGCCAGCACUACUAUCUCUUCAACAACUCAGGGGCGACGGGUACGGAUAAUACAGAAGACAUGCGAAGUGGCGGGGACAGUGCGAAGGGUCACCGAGCUCACAGUGCUAACGGGGAAACAACAAAUGCCUACGCCUGGAAGGAGAACAUCGAGAGUCAACAGCGACACAGACGCAAGGCCUUUCUGCUUUUCUCAAAGUCGAUAAGGUAUUCAAUGUUAUUGAUUUUUACAAUGCUUUCAACAAACGGCAGGAAUAUACCGCAGGUGGUGGUUAUAAAAUCGGCUCAGAAUUCGCUAUUUAUCAGAUUAUCGAGUGAUAACGGCUAUAUAUUUGCUUAUAAGUGUGCUGGAAAUAUUAUGUAACCAUGGAGAUGCUAUAUAAGACCUCUAUGCUGUGAAGAACAAAAAGCGCUCGCUGUGGCGAUUGAGGCAUCACUAAUUACAUUAGUGUCAUUGCACUACAUCCUAACAAAUUUUAUAAUUCAUUUGUUUUUAUUAACCCCUAUGCAUUUUUAACCAAACGAAUUUCAUGACAUGACGUAUCGUUUCAUCUUAUAUUCUUUAUAUAUGUAUUAUAUUUAUAUAACUUUUGUAUCCAUUGUUCCGUGCGGCAAUUUCAUGCUUCUUUUCAAUUUUAUUUUCAAGUUUUAAGUUUACAUCCAGAACCUUUUACGCAUGCCUCUGUGCAAAGAAUAGGAAAACUCGGUACAUAUUUAUCCAUUUUAUUGCUUUUUCUUGGGGAAUACUUGGUUUAGGAACGCAAUGGCUAUUCUACGGUUCAUACGAUGGUCAUUUCACAUUCGGUGGUUGUCAUUUAUUUCUUUGGCUAUAUCAUUUUGUUUAAUACAAAUCAUGCAUUUUCAACACAGGACCUAUUUCCUCACCCCAUCAAUCAUGGCUAAUUAAUGCAAUUAAUUUCGCAACGAUCAUUGUAAUCUUAAGUGGGUUUAAAGAAUCAUUAGCACUGGGAUAGCAAAACAUAGCCACAGGCGUUUUAACAUGUCAUACAGAUGUGUAUUUGCAUUUCACUCAGAUUUAUUCAAGAUGUAACUACCAUCUAACGCAAAAUUGAAUUUCAAAAAGCCAGUGAAGAGAUAGCUUGCAAGUGUGGUUGCGAAAUUAUGACUCCUGAUUAGUUAAGGGAGUAAAUCUGUUUUACUAUUGAUAACGUUUAGUGAUGUAUAUCGUUGACCUUCAUCGAUAUUUAACAUAUUUUAGAGGAAAUAACAACAACAAAAUCUUUUUUUUCUACAAUCAGUCGCUUCUGGAUAAUCCCUAAUUAAUGCUUUAGCACCUGUCUACAAAUUAAUUAAUAAAUAAUGUCUAUAAAUAUUAAUGAUAUAAAAUAACCAUUGUUUACUCACAUGUCUUCCUAACUCCAUUCUCAUUGGCUGGUUGUGUCACGUGACUUAUUAACUAUGCA